GGAGGGGGCUGUGGGGAGGCUGCGGGGCGGGCACGCGCGCGCUGAGGGGGCGUGAGGCCGGGGUGCGCGCUCGCCCCUCGUCUCCCCUCGCUCGCUCCGAGGCGGCCGCGGAGGGGAGCCGGAGGAUCCGCCGCCGGACGGAGGGAGAGCGCCAGCGAGUCCUCCUCGGAGCAGGCGCCCCCCGGGGCCGGGCGCAGCAGCGCGAUGUCGGCGAGCGGCCCCGGCAGCAUGUUGCCCGGCGGCAGCGCCGAGGAGCGAGGCUACCGCCGCUUCCUGGAGGUCUUCCUGGGCGAGUUCCGCGGGCCCUUCCUCUCCCCCGAGCCGCCCCCUCCGCUGCCCCAGCAGGAGCAGCAGCCGCCCCAGCCCCAGCUGCAGCCGCCACCCUCGGUCGGGGAGGGAGAGGGGGACGCAGCCGAGGAGGAGGAGGAGGAGGAAGGCUCGGCGGGAGGAGGAGGAGGAGGCGACAGCCAGGAGCCGUCCGAGGACCAGCGGGAGGAGGAUGCCGAUGCUGCCGCCGCCACCCCCGAAGACCCCGGUGCCGAUGCCGCCCCCGGGGAACCGGAGCCCCCCGAGGAGGAGGAGGAGGAAGCGGGUGAGGCGCCGCCGUCUCCCCCGCCGCCGGCCCGGGCGCCCACCCCGCCGCUGCCCGCGCUGCCCCGGCCGCUCUCGGAGCCCAUCACCGAGGAGGAGGUGGAGGGCGAGUGCCUGGAUCUCUGCCUCCACCAGCUCUACAAGUACAACUGCCCUUCGCUUUUGGCGGCUGCCUUAGCCCGUGCGACAGCCGACGAAGUCCUCCAGAGCGAUCUCUCGGCACACUACUUGCCCAAGCACGCGGACAGCCCCGACGGGAUCAUACAGGUGGAGACGGUCAAGCUGGCCCGCACGGUGUUCAGCAAGCUCCACGAGACCUGCAGCAGCUGGGCAAGGGACUUCCCCCUGCAGCAGAAGCCCCACCGCUUCUACGAGACGUCCAUCCACGCCAUCAAGAACAUGCGCCGCAAGAUGGAGGACAAGCACGUCUGCAUCCCGGACUUCAACACCCUCUUCAACUUGGAGGAUCAGGAGGAGCAGGCCUACUUUGCGGUCUUUGACGGCCACGGAGGCGUGGACGCCGCCAUCUACGCCUCCAUCCACCUCCACGUCAACCUAGUGCACCAGGAGACCUUCCAGCAGGACCCCGCCGAGGCCCUGUGCCGAGCCUUCCACGUGACGGACGAGCGCUUUGUGCAGAAGGCGGCCCGAGAGAGCUUGCGGUGUGGGACCACCGGGGUGGUGACGUUCAUCCGAGGGAACGUGCUGCACGUGGCGUGGCUGGGAGACUCCCAGGUGAUGCUGGUGAGGAGGGGCCAAGCCGUGGAGCUGAUGAAGCCUCACAAGCCGGACCGAGAGGACGAGAAGAAGCGGAUCGAGGCCCUCGGAGGCUGCGUGAUUUGGUUUGGGGCUUGGAGAGUCAACGGAAGCCUGUCCGUCUCCAGAGCUAUAGGUGACGCUGAGCACAAACCUUAUAUCUGUGGGGACGCCGACUCGGCCUCCAUGGUCCUGGACGGCUCGGAAGACUACCUCAUCCUGGCCUGCGACGGCUUCUAUGACACGGUGAGCCCCGAGGAGGCGGUGAAGGUGGUGGCCGACCACCUGCAGGAGAACCAAGGGGACAGCAGCAUGGUGGCCCACAAGCUGGUGGCCUCCGCCCGGGACGCCGGCUCCAGUGACAACAUCACGGUCAUCGUGGUCUUCCUCCGGGACAUGAGUGCCGCCGUCAGCGCCAGCCAGGAGACGGAGUGGACAGAGAACUCCUUCCAGGACGGGCAGGAGGACAGCGGAGACGACCCGGAGAACCAGGGCAAGCGGCCCUGGCCGCAGCACCAGGUCUCCGCCCCGGCCGAUCUGGGCUACGACGGGAGGGAGGAUUCUUUCACAGACAGAACUACUCUGAGCGCGGGUCCCACAAGAGCCACCUUUGUGGAAGAGCCAGGCUAUCUCGACCUGAGGAAAGCCGACGCCUGCAAGCUCCCGAGUGCCAAGCGUCUCUCCCCGGAGCCAGGCUUGACUGCAGCUGCGGUACCCAAGAGAGCAACCUUGGAGAGCGGCUUCCCGGCAGAAAGCCAGCCUGCUGCUGCCGCCGCCGCCACCACCACCUUUCCUCCUUGUGGACAGAGCAGUGGCCCGGGGCCGCUGACCUCCCUUAGUCUCGGGGUGGCUCCCGGCCUCAGCCUCGAGUACAGCCGGGCGAGCCCGCCGCCUGCCUCCACGCGGCUGGAAGGCGAGCGCUUCAAGGCCUGGGGCAGAAGAGCUUCCAUCUUCUCCCACUUCCGCUUCUGCGACCCGAAGCGGUGGCAGCGGCUAGCCAGACUCAAGCCCAAGCUCCACCGGCUGCUGCUGCUGGAGCCCAGGCCGCUGAGCCGCCCAGAAGGGCUGCCGGGCAGCGUCAACGGCCGCCGGAGCAGCCGGGGGCCCAGGGGCGGACUCUGGCAGGGCCUCUCCAGCAGCUGCCAGAGUCGGGGCGGUGGGAGCAUCCUGCUGCUGCUCCGGCAGAGCCGCUGUCUAGCCGAGCCCAGGCUUCUCUAGAGCCGUGUGGAACGACGGAUCGCGCCCACUCCUCCUCUCCCUCCGCUGUCCUCUUCGAAUAGCUCGGUGAGACCUUCACAGGACAAAGUGGGCAUUUCAGAACACAGUGGUUGUGGAAUGCCCCCCCGCCCCCCACAACCCAUCCUCCCGUAAAUAGACCUAGGAAUAAAGCAGUAUUUCAGCCUAGCCUCCGAAAUAAAACUAAGGAUGGGAGUGGCGCGCUCGCUCUCUCUCUCCCCCCGCAUUGUCUCACACACACUCACACCACUUCAUUCGCUCAUGGGGACCGCAUCCUGUCACUGACUCGCUAGCCUAGGUAGAAAAGUGCUAUUUUGGUGUGUGUGUGUGAGUUUUUUAACAAGCGAAUGCAAAAAAAGAAAAAAAAAGUGAAGUCUGUCUGAGACAUGGAGCAAUAGAUUCAGAGGGCUCUGGCUGAUGCCUGCCAGUUUCUGGAGGUGGGAAAGGGCAGGGACAGAGAGUCCAGGUGACGGGUGGGGCCUGUUUCCUUCAGAGCAAAAGGCAAAGGCGCUUUGCAGGGUCUGUUCUUAAAAGCCAUAGUUGGGGGGGGGGGAUGUUUUCUAAGAGGUGACCCAGCCCUUGCUGUCUAUCGAUAAGACUGAGAGGUCAAGGUAUAUGCCAAACCUUCCGCAGUGUUUCUUCCCUGUAACGUAAAACGUGAAGGAAUGCUAGGGUUUUGUUUUGUUUUUGUAGUUCUUGAAGAUGAUUUCCUGUGGCUAGAGUUGAAACUAUAUUGAUUUAUUUCCUCUUUUAUUUUGGUGCUUAGUGACAUUCUAGUCUCUCCGCCUGAAACGGGGACGUUCCGUCGUUUGCAUCUUAACAUAGCUGUGGCUCAUUCUUGCCACCCGUGACUUCCCUCCGCGCCCUUUUAUCUCAGGUGUCAAACUGAUCUCAAACUAGUCCCGAUAAAAAGAUGCUGUCUGCUAACAGAUCAGGCAGCAACUCGCUGGUCAACCCUUUCGUUCUUACAUUUGCCCUAUGAACAGACUCUGAAGUUCUUAAGGUAAAAGAGUUGGGAGUGAGUGGUUGGCUUGACUACUUGGGGAAUGGUUUGGGGGUUCAUCUCAAGAGAGCUUGAAGUGAUGGUGCCGUAGCUCACUGGUAGAGUACCUGCUUGGCAUGCAGAAGGUCCCUGGUUCAAUCCCUGGCAGCAUCUCCCGGUAGGGCUGGGAGGGACUCUUGUGUGGAACUCUGGAGAGCCACUGCCAGUCAGUGCAGAUGAAACUGAGCUAGCGGGACCAAGGGUCUGACUCAGUAGGCAGCAGCUGAGAGAGAGCCUAGGGCCCACAACCAGCCUGGCCCCUGCACCCUUCCCUGUGGGCUCAUGUUCUCAAGCAGCUUUGGUCAAGGUCUUACUGAUGAAGUUCUACUGUGGGGCUUGUCAAGAUCAAGGUCUUCCUGAUUAAAUACACACAGGGCCUCAGACUGCUCUACUUUCGAGACAGAUGCAUAACUCCGUAUGUUGGGUUCAUAGGAACGUAGGCAGCUUCCUUCUACUGAGUCAGACCCUUGGUCCAUCUAGCCUGUUACUGUCAACCCAGACCGGCAGCGGCUUCUGCAAGGUUGCAGGCAGGAGUCUCUCCCAGCCCUGCCUUGGAGAUGCUGCCAGGGAGGGAACAUGGAACCUUCUGCAUGCAAGCAGGCAGGUGUUCUUCCCAGAGCGGCCCCAACCCCUAAGGGAAAUUUCUUACAGUGCUCACAUGUGCAGUCUCCCAUUCAAAUGCAAACCAGGGUGCACCUUGCUUAGCAAAGGGGCUAGUCCAUGCUAUCACCAGACAAGUUCUCCCAUAAGUGACUUGUCCUGUGGGUCCCUCCAGGAGGGAAUCCGCCAUCCACCCCUAGUGUGGUCCAGUAAAAAUAUUGUCACCGAGAGCAAGUGUCAAUUUCUCCUCCGUCACAUUGUGGUAGAGUGCAUAGGGUCCAUUUGUGAGGCGAGUCCUUUAACCAUGGUAGAAUACAUAUUUAAAAGUAGUCGUGAUCGGUCCAAUCUAUGCUACUUGGUUCUACACACUAGGCAAGAUGGUGGUGGUGGCGGCAGCACUUUGUGAGAUGCUGUGUUUCCCUCUUCCGGCCACUGGUGACUAGGAAGUAGUUCAGUUCAGACUCCGGUGCCCUUAUUUGCUGCUUGCUGACGUAAGCAAUAACCUCCCCUCCUACUGAAACGAUCUCUCUGUGUUCUGUAUCUUGUACUUUGACCUUCUAGCUGGUGAUCAUGUACAAUAAAUAGAGGUAGCGAACUGUAUUUAUUAACUGUUACUGUUGGUUGGUUGGUUGUCCGUGUAAAGUGUUUUGUUAAACCUGGAUAUUUUAAUAGUGGCGCUGUUUGCAUCCAGAAACCUUUCCAGUCAAGAGCCGAGGUAGCCCUCGCCUCCACACGAUCUGCAUCAGCUACAGGCGUUGGGUAGGAAAACGGAAGGCCAGGUGCUCGGGGAAGGUGGGAGAAGCCAGGUGCUCACUCUCUCUCUCUCUCUCUCUCUCUCUCUCUCUCUCCAGAGAUGGAGCAAGAGAGGCCUGGCCUCCUUCCCCAACCCAGUCUCCUGCCUCCAACUCUGAGGAAUAACCGUCGGGAAUUUCUCUUCUUGCAGGCAGUGGAUGAGCAGCAGAGCAGGAAGGCAUUAAUCCAUUUCAGUUGCACUAACCGUUGUAUAAACAAAGUGAAGUAUUAAUACUUGAAGUGCCAUCCAGUUGGCCUCGCGAAUUUAGCCUCCAGGGGGGCACUUCCCCAGCCAGGGGAUGGAUGCAAGGGGGCAAGAGCGUGCUCUCCUCCCCAGAUGAGAUGGUGGAGGCAGAGCAUCCUCUUUCCUCGGAGCCUGUUCCUUGCUGCCUCAUGGGGCUUCCUGGCUGACGGUACCCCUGGACUCCCUUAACCCCUUUGACUUAGCCUAGGCUAACUGCACAGGCUCCACUUUGCCUUGUGUUUCGAGUACGCCAUGGUCGUGGGACAGAGGCACAGUGCCCCGGCCUUCGGGAGCCUCCUGUCAAGCCAGACAAGCAACUAUGCACAAGUGGUUCGGAACAGGGCUGCAGCCCUCCUGGAGAGCCUCAAUACGGGACUCUCCCUCGGAGGGGCCUCGCGGAGAAGGCAGCUCUGCUCAGAUCGAGUUGAGGGCGGGGAGCCUCGCGGAGCAGGAGAACACCACUUUGGCGCCAGGGUGUUGUGCAAGCAGCAGCACUGUCUAGACCUGCGUUAAAAAUGACACACCGAUUCUCAUCCCAUGAGGCCCCUCUCUUCCGUAGCUGCCAGGAUUAAGCAGUGAAGGCUCAGCUCCGGCUCCAAUGCUCAGCUGUUGGGCUGAGACUGCUCGACCAGCACCUCCAGCUGGCUUUGGACUACAGUCCCCAUCACCCCCAGCUACAAAACUGUGGCUGGGGGUGAUGGGAGCUGUAGUCCAAAGACAGCUGGAGAACGGCAAGUCUGCCCCGCUCUAGAAGUAGGGAGAGUCGAGUGGGACAGAAGAGUUUCCUCCUAAGCGGUCAGAAUGACACCUUCCUAAAAUGCCAGGUGUAUUCUUGAGCUUCUGCCGAGAGAUGCUUAUGGAGCCGUGGCACGAAUGAAGUGGGUCAGUUGAACCGGAGUGACUUCUUGCUGGGAUCGGGACCCUGUUGACAACGUCGUUCCUAUAGCUCACAAGUGCAGUUGGAAUCAUGUAUUAGCCAUACUUUAUUUAUUAAAGCUGUUCACAAAAGGUAAGGACUAUGUUCAACUUCUACCAGUAUCUUAAUAAAACAGCAAACGUUAA